AUGGAGAAACCGAAGUACAAGCGGAUGAAGGGAAGCCAAAGCUUUAGGGAGAGGAUGCUUCUCGCGACCCUUUCUUCGACGCCAAUCAUCAUUGAUGAGAUUCGUGCCGACGACAUGAUUGCUGGCCUCCGUCUUCACGAGAGAUCGCUUCUCGGCCUCCUCGACACUAUCUUCGAUGACUCCCACAUUAAGACUAACUUGACCGGGACUCAAGUGAUAUACGAACCUGGAAUAGUAAUGGGAAGGAAGAACUUGGUUCACAACUGUGCCCUGACUCGAUCCAUUGGCUAUUAUCUGGAGCCAUUGCUUUUGUUAGGUUUAUUUGGAAAGGAACCCCUUUCCAUUAGGCUUAAAGGAAUUACAAAUGAUCCUAAGGACCUAAGCGUUGACACAAUCCGUUCCACUACCUUGAAUAUCUUAAAGCGUUUUGGAGUAGCUCCAGAUGGAGGUGGACAAGUUCUCUUAACUGUUCCAAAUGUUCAGACCCUAACUGCGGUCCAAUGGCUUGAGGAAGGAAUGGUGAAGAAGAUACGAGGUGUGACUUUCUCUGCAAGAGUUUCUACUGACUUUGAACAUUCCAUGAGAUUCACAGCUCGUGGUAUCUUUAACAACCUCUUGCCUGAUGUUCACAUUUCCCAAGAUCACAAAGCUGGCCCUCUCGCUGGAAAAUCACCUGGAUACGGAAUAUCAUUGGUUGCAGAAACAACUUCAGGAUGUUACAUCUCUGCAGAUACAACAGUGUCUUGUGGAAGAAGAGAUGAAACAGGAGAGCUCGAUGUAGAGAAGCAAGAGAGAAAACCACCACAAGACACAGGAGUUGAUGUAGCUUCAUGGCUUCUUCAAGAGAUUGAAAAAGGCGGAGUUGUUGAUUCAACACACCAGGUGCGAUUGUUGUUUACACUAUGUGCGUUAUGCCAAAAAGACGUGUCAAAGGUUCGAGUGGGAACGUUAUCUCCUUAUGGAGUGGAGACGUUAAGGAAUUUAAAGGAGUUUUUGGGAGUUACUUUUGAGAUCAAACCUGAUCCAUUGACAGGAACCGUCAUUCUCACUUGCCUUGGAAGCGGUUUGAUAAACCUCGCCAGAAAGUUGUCUUGA